AUGAACGUGCAGGCGUUCGGGAAGGCGCGUGCCUUCACAGCUGCUAGAUCCCAGAAGCGGAGCUGCGUACGCACGCGCGUGGUGGUCAAGGCAGAUGCUGAGACCGCCACCAAGGGCGGGCGCAAGCUGGGUCCUCUGGAGCGCGGCGGCACCCUCAGCGGCGCGGACGCGGCUGGCAAGGAUGCCGGCGAGCGUGCCAAGCAGAUGAUGGCGGGCGAGGCGAAGGCGGGCGAGUUCCUCCAGAUCAGGGACGGCCGCUUUGUGGACGACCGGUGGGAGGGCGGCCGCUGGAACCUGUCCAAGUUUGCCAACGCUGCCGGCGAGACGGACUGGGACAAGGUUAUCGACGCUGAGAUGGCGCGCCGCAAGCUGCUGGAGGACUCCCCCAUCCCCUCCACCAACGAGGACGCCGUGAUCUUCGACACGGCCGAGAUCCCGUGGUGGGCCUGGGUGCGCCGCUUCCACCUGCCCGAGGCCGAGAAGCUCAACGGGCGCGCGGCCAUGGUGGGGUACUUUGCGGCGCUGGCGGUUGACCAGCUGACGGGGGCGGGGCUGCUGGACCAGCAGAACAGCUUCCUGGGGAAGGUGCUGCUGCACGUCGCAGUGUUCGGCAUCCUCAUCAUCAGGACGACCUCGGACCUGGGCAAGUACAAGAACCUGAUCGACGAGGCCACCUUCUACGACAGCCAGUGGAACGCCGCCUGGGUGGGCGUGCAGCGGCCCAGCGAGAAGGAGCAGUAG